GCGAGUCCUGCGCGCGCGAGCUCAGUGCGCAUGCGCUCAGGCUUGUUGAAAGCGCUUGGCGCGCGCCCCUCCCUCCUGCUGCAAGCGUCAGCUCCCGGCUUAGUUCGACGCCAGGCUGACAAUGCUGGUUCCCGCUGUCUCUUUCAACCCAGACUCUCCGCGUGUCCCUGUUCCCGAUGGCGUCGCGGCGGGCGUCUCCCCUGGGCUCCAGGAGAGGCCCCCGGGGCCGCGCGCGCCGCCAGGGCUGGAGGAGGCGCUGAGCGCGCUGGGGCUGGAAAGAGAACGCGAGUACGCUGGGGACAUCUUUGCUGAGGUCAUGGUGUGCCACGCAUUGCCCCAGAGGGUUCUGCCUCGAGCCGUGACUCCGGAGAUGCGCGCCCUAGUGGUGGACUGGCUGGUCCAGGUGCACGAGUACCUGGGCCUGGCAGGGGACACGCUUUACCUGGCUGUGCACCUGCUCGAUUCCUACCUGUGCACAGGCCGAGUGCGCCUUCAACGCCUGCAGCUGCUGGGCGUGGCCUGUCUGUUCCUGGCAUGCAAAAUGGAAGAGUGCGUGCUUCCCGAGCCUGCCUCACUCUGCCUCCUGAGCGCAGGCUCCUUCUCGAGGGCCGAGUUGCUCCGUGCGGAGCGCCGCAUCCUGAGCCGCCUGGAUUUCCGACUGCACCACCCGGGCCCGCUGCUCUGCCUGGGACUGCUGACUGCGCUGACCGGGAGCCGCCCCCAGGUGAUGCUACUGGCCACCUACUUCUUGGAGCUCUCCUUGCUGGAGGCAGAGGCCUCGGGUUGGGCUCCUAGUCUUCGAGCAGCUGCGGCUCUGAACCUGGCACACCGUGUGCUCGAUGGGGAGGGCUCCCGGCCAGAGCUGGUGCUUUACAGCCCCGCAGAGCUGGACCCCCUGGAGCCAUGCAUGGUCCGCGCUGCGCUCCGAGGCCCCGAGCCAGGCUGUGCCGCGGUCUUCCUCAAGUACUCUCGGCCCCAACACCAGGGCACGAGCCUCGUUGCCGCCCACUUGCUCAGCCGCCCCCAUCCUGGGCCUCCUUGAGCACCGAGGGCCGUUCUGUAAACAAGCUUUCACUGUAUGUUGUCUCCUACUCCAAUAAAAUAAACUUUUAUUCUGA